UUUUCGCCAUAUCCACUAAGCAUUAACAGCUCCCUUAAAAGCGAAGACUUGCUGCAUUUAUGCUGUGCUUGCAACGGAUACAAUGGCUACGGGUGUGGAGUGCAGUACAGUAGAACGGUAGAAGUAGCCAUGAAUGGAAGUAGCCAUGAACUCCACAAGAUGGCCAUGGAAAAUCAAUGCCACAGGAAAUUCCCAAUUUCAUGUUGGAGCCACGAGGAGAAGAAUCUUUCUUAGGAUUGCCGAUUGCCCGAAAAGCAAAUCUCACAGAUCAGGUUUUUAUUUUUUAUUUUUUAUAAUAUAUGGCGUAAAUUAGCUCACGCCCAUUCACGUGGAUCGAAAGGGUCCUACCUCCUCCUCAUCGCCUUCUCUUUCCUUUGUCCACGCGUUAUCGAUUGCCGCAGCCAACGUAUUCGACAAAAAGCGCGCGGGAGAGAGAGAAGGAAGACGCGCACAUCGUAUCAUUUCCCAGUUUGUAUAUCAUUGCCCUUGUCUGCUCGUCGGCCCGUCGGCCGGCUAAAGCACCGACGGCGAAUGACCCUUUCCGCUGACCCCUUUGCUUAACACACGCUUGCUUUUUCUUCUGGUGCUUUGUGUUUGUUUUUGGUCAAGCACUUACUUUCAAGUUUCAAUCUCUCUCUCUCUCUCUCCUGCCGGUCUCAUGUCGUGGUCUGUACGUUCUUUGGGGGAGUUGAGACCGUACUUUUUAGUUUAUUAGAACAUGGGUAGUUUUUAUUUUUUAAAAUUUUUUAAAUUUUAUAUAUUAUGUGUUCCAUGUUUGUGUUGGAUGGUGUUGGGGAUUUUAUUGGCAUGGAGUUCGCCUUUUCAUGAACACGCUGGCGCAAUUGAGCUUCGAAUUUAAAUUCCAUAGCUGGAAAGCUUGGAGACCCACCAUUGCUAAUUUCUGAUUUAACGCCAUGACUCCAGAUUGACGAGGUGGACUCCGUUCUGGAUUUGUUGGUUGACCCCCCACACUUUUCAAGAACCCGAGAGAGAGAGAGAGAGAGAGAGAGAGAGAGAGAGAGAGAGAAUUUGGGUAUGCGCUUUUUUGCGAAUUGUGUUGCGUUUCUUCUCGAUUGAAGUGGGCUUUCUCAAGAGCAGGGGGGUCUCCUUCUUCUUCCAGCCAUGGCUCCGGGGAAGGUUUCUGAGUUCUAUCGUCAGGGCAAUGACUGGUUAUGCAAUGCCGGCUUGCCAAGUGAUAUUUCUAUUGUUGUGGAAGCAGUAAACUUCCAUCUUCACAAGUUUCCACUCAUAUCAAGAUGUGGGAAGAUGGCAAAAUUACUAGAAGAACCUCAACAUACCCAUAAUAGGAUUUUCACCAUAUCACUGGAAGGAUUCCCUGGUGGUCCAGACACUUUCUUGCUAGCUGCUAAAUUCUGCUAUGGUGUCCGGGUAGAUUUGACUCCUAGGAAUGUUGUACUGGUCUAUUGUGCUGCAGACUAUCUGGAAAUGACUGAUGAAUAUGGAGACAGUAAUUUAUUGUCCAAAUCAGAGAGUUUCUUCCAUAGAAAUGUACUUCGUAACUGGAAAGAUUGUAUUUUGGCUCUUCAAAGUUCUGAAAUCAUUAUGCCAAGAUGUGAAAAGCAUCAAAUAAUAAGCAAAUGUUUGAAUGCUCUAUCUAUGAUGGCUUGUACAGAUCCAACUUUAUUUGGAUGGCCCAUGAUGAUGUAUGGUAGCUUACAGAGCCCUGGUGGAAGCAUCCUUUGGAAUGGAAUUAAUACUGGGGCCAGAAUUCGGAGCACAGAAUCAGACUGGUGGUUUGAGGACAUCUCAUAUCUUAGUGUUGGUUUGUUUGUGAAGCUUAUUCAGACAAUGGAAGCAAGGGGUAUGAGACCUGAAAAUUUAGCAGGUGCCAUAAUGUAUUAUUGUAGAAAGUACCUACCUGGUCUUGGCAGAUGGCAAGGUGGACAAAGUGGAAAAACUAGAACGGUUGCAAGUUUUAGCUUGACACCUGCUGCUGUGGAUCAGAGGGUUCUUUUAGAAAGCAUUGUAAAGCUGCUCCCUGAAAAGAAGGGGAAAUCCUUUUGCCGAUUCUUGUUAGGGCUUCUACGUGUUGCAUUGAUAUUGGGUGUUAACCAUGCAUGCCAAGAAUCAUUAGAGAGGAAAGCAGGGAUGCAACUGGAAUUGGCAACACUAGACAACCUUCUGAUUCCUAGUUACUCUGAUUCUGAUACUUUAUACAACACCGACUGUGUUGAACGGAUUAUUCAUCAUUUUGUAUCCUCAGAACCAAGGGCAGCUCUGUUUUCUCCAUCAUCCUUGAACCUAGAAACAUCACCGUCGUCUGGGCCAUUAAGAAAUGUGGCAAAGUUGAUUGACAGCUACAUUGCAGAGGUUGCAUCUGAUGUCAAUUUAAAACCAGGAAAGAUUCGCUCACUUGCCGAGGCACUUCCAGAAUCUUCUAGAUCUUUGCAUGAUGGGCUAUACAGAGCGCUAGAUAUAUAUUUCAAGGCACAUCCUUGGCUUUCAGAGAAAGAGAAGGAAGAACUGUGCAGCAUCAUUGACUACCAGAAGCUCUCUAUUGAUGCCUGCGCCCAUGCAUCCCAAAAUGGAAGGUUGCCUCUAAGAAUUGUUCUACAAGUUCUGUUCUUCGAGCAGAUGCAGUUGAGAACAGCUUUGGCUGGCUGCCUCCAUGUCUUGGACACUGAAAGUGCCCCUGCUGGUCCUUCUACCAUCCCGAAUGACAUGGGAGGCCAGAUUGUACGAAGAGAUGGUUGGGUGACAGUUGUGCGUGAGAACCAGGUUUUAAAAGUAGACUUGGAAAAGAUGAGAUCUAGAGUUGGGGAGCUUGAAGAGGAGUUUGGUAAAAUAAAGCAAGAGAUGAAAAGGGUAACUAAAUCACAUAGUUCCCUCAGUUCUCCCCGCAUGGUGGUGAGGAGACUUGGGUGCAAGCUUCUUCCGCGGUCCUCAGAUGCUGAAUCAGAUAUUGUUGAAACCACAAACCCCACUCCAAGGGCAUCUCUUGAGCAGGCACGUCCUUCCCGUCAUUCUAGACAUCGGAAAAGUUUCACUUUGUUUUGAAUGCUAUCCUAAGAAAACCAAAGUCUUUGCUUUGAAAUUUGAAAAAUCACACUACUUUGGGGGAGACAGGAGUCCAUUAUGGCAGAACAGUUUUAUUCAGUGACUUGUCUAGGUGAGGAAAGCAGCUUCUUCUCAUACAGAUGUGUCAUUUUAACUCCCUUUUGGAGCAUGGAGGAGAAAUUAUUACCUUUGGAUGGUAGAAAUAAGCAGUCAUCGAAGAUUUAACCAAAACCAUUGAUGGAACACUGUUGGCUAUCCAAGAUUUGGGCUGACUAAGAUUUCUUGACACAGGUAUAUACAUGUUUCAGUUAUAAGCAGAAAAGCAUUGUUGUUGUUGUUAUUGUUUUUAUACUUAUUUUUUGGAUUAUACAUGUACAGUGUAUGAAUCAAUCUUUGUCAAACACACAAGAUAUCAAAGGUUUUUUUCCCGUUCAAUUGGCCUUCUUAAGGGGUGAUGGCCUGGGUACCUGCAGGCAUUGUUGGGCCUUGUAAGAACUGAAAUGUGUUAUUUGUUGAAUUUCAUUUUUUGCUUACUGUUGAA